CGUUAUUUCCUGAAACUCAUCACCACGAGUCGCUCAGUGGUGACCAACUCGUCAGUUUGAGCUGGAGGAGUCUUCGCCCUUUUGAUAUUCUACUGUCUUUUUUCCUUUUCAUCGGUCAAUCGUUUAUUCUGGAUGAAUUAAUUCUUAGUCGUUCUUUACUUCUUUGUUAUCGCAUACACUUCACUUAAGACGCGACACUCGACCGCUUCUCAAAUUACAAGGAAACUCGAAUAGCUACUCAUCAUAUCCGCGUUAAACUUUUAUCCUCGAUCGAUUCGAGCCGAACGCUCUGCUUUCAGCAAUGGGGCCUUCGUUGCUCAGCCCUGCGACGGCGUUCGUGCUUUCCACCCUCACGUCCUGGUGUUUCCAAGCCCCAUUUUUCGGCAUAGCUCAAGCGCUCAGCGUAGAACCCGUUCCAUCACCCAACCUCGAUCUUUCUCAACUUGGCCGCGUCGCACUCACAGGAGAUUUUGACUCGAUUUCCUUGUACACGUAUAAUCUCCAGAACGAAGAUGGAUUCAGUACCAACGGAAGCCAGUCCCUUUUCACUCAGUUGCCAGAUGGGACAUUGGCAAGCCUCACUUCUGCAGAUGCUGGAAUACAGACAAUGUGUCCAUUCAUCCUGAAAGAUGGAACCUUUGCAGGUGUGGUAGCCGGUGGAAAUUUCACGAGCCUUGGCGGGGUCGAAGCACAAGGCAUCGCAUUAUUUGAUCCAAAUACGACAAAAGUGACCCCCCUACCUGGACUUACUGGCCGUGUCUCCGCCGUUUUGUGUGAUCAGAAAUCCAAUACCGUCUAUGUCGGCGGUGAUUUUAAAGGCGGAAAUUCGACCAAUGCGAUCGCCUGGGUGGGAAUGACAGGAUGGGCCAAUCUCCCUUUCGCUGGUUUCAAUGGCCCAGUGUCAUCAAUCAUCCAAGCACCUGGAGGCAACAUCAUAUUUGGUGGAUCAUUCGAUGGCUUAGGCAAUGCCUCCACCGCUCCAAAUAAAAAGGAUGAACAAAUCAUCAACAUCUCGAAGGCAAACAUCUCGACAGCUACUUCGACCACCACUGCCGGUUUCAGCGACCCCAAAAACAUUGCCUGUGGCUCUGAUGGGCAAGAUGGCUCGGGUCACACUUGGCUUCUUGCCGACAAUGCGCCUGGAUGGUGGAAAGCGGACUUUGGAUUCGGUUUCCGCCCGACUAAGCUUAGGCUAUGGAAUACUCGACAGGAUGGGAGAGGCACAAAAAUCUUUCGGUUCAACGCAUUCCCGAUCAAUGGCAUCCUAAAUCUCACAUACACCGAUCCCAAGACAGGUCGCAAUGAAAGCUGCGAUGCCUGGUGCCCUCUUGCAAGCGAAACCGAGGAAGGCUAUCAAGAUUUUCACUUUGUUAAUGUCAUCGGAAUGAGCAGCUUCCGAUUGGAUAUUCUCGAUUGGUACGGAGGAGGUGGCGGUUUGAAUGGAAUACAGCUCUUUCAAGAUGACAUUUAUGCCUUUGCCAUUGAGGACUUCAAUGAGGCUUCAUGCGCAGGGAUAUCUCAGCCUUCAAACGCCACCGUAACUGGUCCUUGGGCCGUUACGCCAUCUAGACAAAGCAGUUCCGAAUAUCUGAGUGCUAAUUUGACUGGUCCUUCCAUCGAUUCCUCAUCAGCGUCGGUUGUAUUCAGACCGGAUAUUAGACAGUCAGGAAACUAUUCUGUCACUGUUUGGACCCCGGGGUGCCUUCAAGAUGAUAGCUGCGCUCAGCGAGGCAGAGUAAACAUUACGGGAACCAUGGCAUCGCAAACACGCCAAAGUGCACCCGUACAGACGGAAAUAUAUCAGACCAACAAUUACGACAAGUAUGACCAGGUCUAUUACGGUCAUGUUGAUGCCGGUAGCGAUUCGUUUCAGCCAAGCAUCACUCUCACGCCGAGCGCGAAUCAGGGCGACAAUUUAUACAUCGUUGCCCAGCGUGUGCGCUUCGAACUCGUCUCCUCCACUGAUGGCCUUAAUGGCCUCUAUGAAUUUGACCCCAACCAAGCCUCUGCCACCACCGAUUACUCCAACUCAACCGUAGACAGAGCCGGAAUGGACCUCGACUCAAAUGCAUCAAUAACCUCUCUCUCUGCCUCUCAAGAUACCAUUUACGUGGCCGGAAAUUUCUCAAAUUCCAAUUUCGAUAACGUCUUCGCCAUCAGUCAAGGCAAUGCAACUUCGCUGCCCCACGGCGGUUUGAACGGCCAAGUACUCACGACGUACCUAACUGGCAAUUCGCUCUAUGUUGGCGGCGUUUUCAACAAUACUAGUAAAGCCAACACUGCCGACCUCAACCACAUUGCGGUCUUCUCCACUCAAGAGAAAGCAUGGCAACCUUUGGGUGCUGGUGUUAACGGAAGAGUGGAUGCAAUUGUGCCGCUUACUCUUAAUGUUACAGCCAACAAACCUGAACUUGUCAUCUCAAUAAGUGGCGACUUUGACGAGAUCCUGCCUUUUGAUAAGAACUUGUCAAGGGCGGUUUCUGGCCUGGCCGUUUGGGUACCAUCACAAAAGAACUGGUUACAGAACCUGGGAACCCAAGCGGUGUCGAUAAGCGGGCGUCUGACCGCAGGUACCAAUCUCCCCAAUGGUCCUCCUCUCUUUGCCGGUGCUGUCGCGUCACAAGGCCUUGGGGUGAGUGGUGCUGUUGAGCUCUCCACAUCCGGCGCCCUGGGCCUAAGUCAACUUCCAAUCGAUAUUGAGCCCCAUGAACUCAGUUCUACAUCGCUGCAGAAGCGAGCGUCUACUGCACAGAAUGUCAGUGGCGCUGUGACAGGAUUUUUCUACGAGUCCGGAGGUGUGAACGUUACUGUACUUGGAGGACACUUCGCAGCCCGUGCGUCCAAUGGGUCUCUCAUUCACAAUUUAGCCUUCAUCAAUGGCUCGAACUCAGAUAAAGUCACGGGGCUUGGUGCCGGAAUCAACUCAGAUUCCGCGGUUUUAGCACUUGAGACCCAGGGCAGCGUUCUCUUUGCUGGAGGGACGCUCACAGGUGAAGUGGACGGGAAUGACGUUAAUGGCUUGAUUUUGUACGACCUGGCACAGUCUACCUUUGUUGAUCCGCAACCCCCAGCUUUUGCAGGUUCGAAUGUUGCAGUCAACGCUAUAGCGACGCGCCCCGGUUCCGGAGAUGUAUAUGUGGGCGGCAACUUUGAAUCGGCUGGGUCACUGGGUUGCCCAAGCGUCUGCAUUUUUACCACUUCAGCUUCGCAGUGGAAUACGCCUGGCUCUGGUCUCACCGGGACUGUUACCGCGUUGACAUGGUCUGGAAAGAACAGGUUGAUCGCUAGCGGCUCGCUGAACGUCAAUGGCAACUCGACAACCAUGGCUGUCUAUGACGCAAAUCAGCAGACAUGGACUUCUUUUGACCAAGCCAACACCCUGCCUGGACCCAUCAGCGCAUUAACCGCGGCGAACAAUGCGCAAACCAAUUUUUGGGCGGCUGGACAAGCUUCUAACGGUUCAACGUUCCUUUCCAAAUACGAUGGCUCUAAGUGGAGAGUUGUCCAAGAGACUUUUGGGCAGUCCACAGUUAUUCGGGGAUUGCAGAUUCUUUCGCUGUCAAAGAAUCAUGCUGGAAGCGACCUGGUUGACGCUGAUCAAGUCCUCCUCAUUACAGGCCAGCUAAGUCUCCCGAACUUCGGCAACGCUUCUGCAGCCCUCUUUAAUGGCACCGCUUUCUCCCCGUUCAUUCUCGCAAACAAAGCGGACAACCAGCCUGGAAGCCUUUCUCAGAUAUUUUCCCAGAAGCAGAAUUAUUUCAAAUCGGGUGGUGGACACUUGGCUGUAGGCUUCGUUGUCCUUAUCGCGCUAGCGAUUGCACUUGCACUCAUCUUUGUUCUUGUUGUGAUUGGCAUCGUCGCUGAACGUCUGCGUCGCAAGAGGGAAGGUUACGUGCCGGCUCCCACCCAGAUGUUUGACAAACACAGUAAUAUGGAUCGAAUUCCCCCAGAGCACUUGUUUGGCAAUCUAGGCCGGGGUGCUCGCGGGCCGGGCGAUGCGCCGAUGAUUUGAUGGCCUAUGCCUUCCCUUCGGCGUUUUGCGAAUUAUUCAAACGAAAAGUUUUCGGUCAAUACUCUUCAAGUUUGUCAUCCAGCAACAUGUUCCUCAUCACGUCGAGCCUAGAGCAUCAUUCCGCUGCCAUUCAAUGCUACAGUCCACGACUGCUUUUCUUGGACAGUUGUGGCUCUAAAAUCCGUGGCUUCAGGUGAAUUCUCCGGUUAAGCUCAAUCCCUCUCCCCUUUUUCUCGAGAUACCAUGUUCAAGCGCCAUCUAUUGCUCUUCUAAUGUUUAUAUUUCUCUGCUUUCAUGAAUUGCCAUACAUUCAUUUACUCAUUACUUGAGUCGGAAACUACCACCACUGGGGGUUCCCGAAAUUACAUCCUGUCACUCCUUCAUCUCCUUUAAAGGGUUCUCACUGGUUAUCUGGGCAAGCUAUCUGGUUAGAUGUAAUUAUCUCGAAGCAUCUGCCUGAAUAAUAUUAAUGACUUAUCAUGC